UAUUAAAAACAUGAUCACUUGUCAUGCAUGACGCAGGCCUAUUGUAUAUUGCAUGGAGCAAUCAUAUCCGUAACAUGGUAGUUACUGGAUUAAGUAAUUUAUCUGAUCCAACUAUGUGACAGAUUGUAUGACUUUUACAAUAAGAAAUGCAAAAUUAUCAGCUGAAAGAGUCUAAACUGAUAUCAGAAACAUUUAGAAAAGAGUAAGAGUUGCUUUCAUUGACAUUGUUUUGGAACUUCAAACUUAUUGCCCAAGCUAGAACUGCCCUUUGAUCUGUAUGAAUUGACUUAGGCCUUGCAACUGGCCCCGCAUCCCAUAUCGCAAUGGUAGAAGGGAAGCUAUAUGGAUUUUGGGCUAGUCCAUUUAGUCACGGAGUGAUCUGGGCACUAAAACUGAAAGAGAUAAACUACGAAUAUGUAGAAGAAGACCUUCCCAACAAGAGUGAAUUGCUGUUAAAGUACAAUCCUGUUUACAAGAAGAAACCUGUCCUCGUUCAUGAUGGCAAACCAAUCGCCAAGUCACUGGUCAUCCUUGAAUACAUUGAAGAAACAUGGCCCCAGAAUCCCCUGCUGCCACAAGAUGUCUAUGAGAGGGCCAUAGCUCGGUUUUGGAUCAAAUUUGGAGAAGAAAUGGUUACCCUCAUACUUCACUGAAAUUCAACUUUUUCAUCUUGAUUCUUAAUUUUCGUUUAGAAUCUAUUCUAGUUUAUUGUUUUUGGUUUACCUCAUGCCACAGAAUAACUAAAUAUUUUGAUGAUCCAGGGUCCUACCGUAGUUUCUCUAUUCCAAACUACUGGAGAGGAGCGAGAGAAAGCAAGAAAGCAACUAGUUCAAAAGCUGAAAAUCUUAGAAGAGCAUGCCCUUGGGGAUAAGAAAUUUUCUGGUGGCGAGGCUAUAAACUUAGUUGACAUUGAAUUUGGAGUGCUUGCUCACUGGGUGGAGGGGAUGGAAGAAGUGA